AUGGAUGAAAGGAACAAAUUCAAGUUAAAGUUGUCAUCCCUUUCAUUGAAAAAUACACCUUCUAGACAAGCAAGCGUGUCUUCUCGUAAUCAAGGGGAUGAGGAAGCCAAUGAAUUGAUUAAUAUUUUGCCUUCAUAUCAAAUGUAUCGAUCAACUAUAACGAAAAACUUGACUCCCAGUGUUGAAGACUUGCGAACAGCUCCACCUAGCUAUGAAGUUACCCCUGAUUUGUCGACUGUUCAAUUACACGAUUAUUUUGCGUCGGUGCCGACAUCUCCGACCUUGGAGCUAAUGCCUUCUGAGAAUCUAGAGGCUGACCCAUCAGCUAUUCAACAAGACGGUGAGCAAGAUGAUGAAACUAUCUUGGAAAAUGCACAUAAAUUGAAGCGAUUGACGUCUACAAACAAAGAGAUCUCCAAACUGUUGGAAGUGAAAAUACUUCUCACGGAACACAUUGGGAAAGUGGGAGAGCCAUAUACUUUGGUUGAUCCCUUGACUUUGGAAUUGAAACAAGGGGAUUAUAUUUACGGGUUUGUUUUGAUAACUAAUAAAACAUCUAAUGUUAUUCCUUUUGAUAUGUUUUCCGUUCAGUUGGAAGGCUGUUCUAUAUUUGGUAAAACCAAUAAUAGCACAUUGGUUGAACAACCUUCUCAUAUUGAUAGAUUUCUUAACAUGUUUGACUUCAAUGCCCUGUGGAAUGACGCAUUUUUGGACCGUCUAGUGACAGAGCAUAAUGACCCAACUAAUAUAGGGACCAUAUAUGAUCCAGUUGACGGUACAUAUUAUCAUCUAGAUCAUAGGAAGAUAUUAGAACCAGGAAUUACCUAUAAAAAGUAUUUUACUUUCAAAAUACCGGAGAAAUUGUUGGAUAGUGCAUGUGAACACCUGUUAAUUAAACAUUUACAAAUUCCUCCCACAUUUGGAGUAUGCAAAAAUGAGGUUAUUAGUUCUUUGAGACAUAAAUGGAAGGAUCAGCAGAGUGGGGCACCGGAAGAUACGGCGUCUAGGAAAUACAAGUAUGCUUCUUUGACGAAUGAUUUUGCAUUUAAUGACACGUCAAUAAGUUAUUGUGUGAGUGCUCGAGUUAUUGGACGUGCAUCAGGAUAUCAGCACUUGUUUGGUCCACUUGGGGGCGUUCAUGCAAUUAAUGACAAAAAUGAUGAAUAUGUUGUUGCCACUGAGGAUUAUAAAUACUUGCGAGUUAUCCCUGUUACCAAGGCAAUUGUUCAAUUAAACCGGUCUAUGAUUCAUCAGGAAGCACGCUUGUUGUAUACUAAUAUGGUGGAUAAGAUCAAAGAGAAAAUCACUUUAGGAAGAGAUAUUAUGAUUGCUAACCAACAACAAAAUCUGCUUCUGCCUGUAUCAAGCACUGGUUCGUUACGCCCUGUUUCGAGUGCCAACUCUUUUAACCAACUUACUGCCACUCAUUCAUUACCCACGUCGCCUAGUUCAUUUUCAGUACGAGCAGCACUUCAAGAGGGUGCUGCUUCUUCAUAUACCAAUUCUCCCCUAUUGACACCUACCUCAAGUUCAGCACAGCUAGCCAAGAUGCAACAAUCUUACUACUCUAAAGUUAAUCAAAGAAAUAUCCAUGUUUCCAAUGAGCUGAAAUCAGAGGUUUUCCAUCCGUAUAAAAAGAAGAAUUUAUUUGGAAACUCGAAAAUAAUUGGAUUAAUAGCUUUUGGGACACCGAAGAAGGAGUAUUUUGUAAAUUACGUUCCAUUUGAACAGCUUCUGUCGAAAUCAAAAAAAGUAUUACCUUCAGUUUUGAAUAUUCCCUUUGACUUGACGUUUAUUUUUGGCGAUGAGAAAACUGGAUCUGUGUCGUCGCUACCUGAGUUUAAGUCGUUAUCUGUUGAAUUGAUCGCGUUGACCGUGAAAUCAAAAAAAUUACCAAUCCCCGUUGUUAUACAUCCAGAAAUGAUGUUUGAUAACAAAACCAAAAAUGGAGGAAGCAGCAAUGAUAAUUUUGAUAUAUUGACAAUUAAAAAAUUUCAGAAAUAUGCUAUUGAAUUACUGAAGUUGUUAAAGGAAGUGGGUCCCGAACCAUUGGAUGUUGAUAGAGACUUGGUUCAAGAUAUCAAAUGUUUGGCAAACUUGACGACAAAAUAUGUACAUAUGAAAAUUAAGGACGUGGUGAUCAAGGUAAAUGAACAAUCGUACACUUCAAUUGCCGCUGUUCCUUGGCAGAAGGAAGUUUUACAAUCUACAGACAACACCACUGGUAAAGAACAAAGUACAGUAAAGUACAGUAAGAAUUUGAAUUUAUCGAUAAAUCUAGCUAAUGUGGUAAUGAAACCGACUAACCUGACAGAUUUCUGUUUAGUCCCUGAUUUUCAAACCUGUUUGUUGGCAAGGAUAUAUUACUUGAAGGUUGAUUUGAAAUCUCAUACUGGUGAAAAGAUAACUUUAAGAGUACCCAUUGUCUUACAAAAGACUUAA